GUGACCGGAGGAGGCGGGAGUUCGGGACCGGCGCCUUCUCCUUGCUUCUCGGGGUCGUGGCCUUGCUCCCGCCGUGCAAGGGAAGAGUUCGGGCGUGUCCACGCGCGUGUGUGCGCGUGGGGCCUGAAGUGCUCGUGCGUCCAGCUAGGUCUCUGUGGGGGUAGAAGCAGCAGGAGCCAUGGGCGGGACCUCCAGCACCCGCCGGGUCACCUUCGAGGCGGACGAGAAUGAGAACAUCACCGUGGUGAAGGGCAUCCGGCUUUCAGAAAAUGUGAUUGAUCGUAUGAAGGAAACCUCCCCAUCUGGUUCGAAGUCUCAGCGGUAUUCUGGCGCUUAUGGUGCCUCAGUUUCUGAUGAAGAAUUGAAAAGAAGAGUGGCUGAGGAGCUGGCGUUGGAGCAAGCCAAGAAAGAGUCUGAAAAUCAGAAACGACUUAAGCAAAGCAAAGAACUGGACCGAGAGAGGGCUUUUGCCAAUGAGCAGUUAACCAGAGCUAUUCUUCGAGAAAGGAUAUCAAGUGAAGAAGAACGAGCCAAGGCAAAGCACCUGGCUAAGCAGCUGGAAGAGAAAGAUCGAGUGAUAAAGAAGCAGGAUGCAUUCUACAAAGAGCAGCUGGCUAGACUGGAGGAGAGGAGCUCAGAAUUCUACAAAGUCACCACCGAACAAUAUCAGAAAGCAGCUGAAGAGGUGGAAGCAAAGUUCAAUUCAAGUUACGCAGCUGUGCACCACAGGAGAAGUUUCUGUAUGCUUCCAGACAAAAUCUACAUGAUGUUAAACAAAAAAGGCGGUAUGAGUUUCAUCCUGUCUGUGCUGAUCUGCAAGCCAAAAUUCUUCAAUGUUACCGCCAGAACACCCAGCAGACCCUCAGCUGCUCUGAUCUGGCCAACCAGUACAUGCGCUGUGUCAAUCAGGCCAAACAGAGCAUGCUUGAGAAGGGAGGAUAAACUCAACUUUUAGAACAAGCAAAACUCCUCAACGUUAAUUCCAGAGGCGGAACAUUUUUUUUUUUUUUCCUAGUGAGAAAGUAACCCAUUUAAAGAGAAGACGAUUAAAGAGAAGCACCAGAGAGCAGAUUCAGCCGAAGCACAUCCCAGUUUGAGUAGCUGCAGUGUGAAAAGCCGAGGCCUAGAUCAGGUAUCUGCCAGCAAGGACACUGCAGUGUUAGUCAACCCAUUUAUGACCAUUAAAAGAGAAAGGCACCCCCUCCACCUUUUUAACUUUCUGUUCUUACCAGGCUCCAUGGUUUGGUGAACGUUCACCAAACAAAGCUGGGGUCUGGGAUGGUGGGGGGUGGAAGGGGGGACGAAGGUAAUUAGAGUGGGGAGGUGGGAGGGGCACCAAACCUCCCUCUCCGCCCAGCGGUGCUGGGUAGAAUUGUCUAGGCUGUGGCACGUUGUUUCUCUCUUGUUCCUUUCUCCCCUUACUAUAUAAGAGCUACUUCAUUUUAACUUAUUAUAGUGAUCAUGUAAGUAAGACAAAAAGGAGAGAAAAAUGUACCUCUUUUACUGGAAUGAUGUUUAUGAUUACAAGUGAAAUAAGGCAUUUUUUAUCCUCAUAAAGGCAACCUUGGCUUAUACAACCUCUUCUCGAUCAUGAAUACUGACAUCUUUACUUCACUCACUAUCAAUAAUAAAUAUAUUUUCCGACGAAGACUGGCAUUGUA